UAAUAAUAAUAAUGUGAUAUAUGUUUUACGGUUGAAACUUGAUAUUCGGAAAGUUGGUUAGAAAAACGUAUGGCAUUGAGGGAGGCAUGAGAACAUUCUGUUAACCAUCAUCUCCGAGCAUGGCGUGCCGUAGAAGGCAUGGAAUUACCAGGUCUUCCACGUUCAAAGAAGAGAUCUGUCGUCCUCCUGUUGACACAGCGACCGCCUCCUCCUCCGCUCCCUCGUCGCCAGUGGCCUCCAAGAAGAACCAUCGGGACUCUCCUCUCUCCUCCGGUUAUGUUAAUUCGCCGUUUCAACACAGAUCCAAGGUAGCGAUUGCAACAGCUGCUAAAGCGAAACUACUACUUCGAGGGAUUAAAACUGUAAAAGCCGAUUUAGCAUUUGCAAAAGAAAGAAGUUGCCAGCUAGAAGAAGAAAAUAAAAUGCUUCGAGUGGCUCAUGAAAAGCAGGGGCGGAUUUAGAGCCUUUUUACGGGUUCCCAGGAACCCAGUCGAUUUGGAAAAAAACGUUUUUUUUAGUGUAAAUCUUGUAUGAUUUGGAAAAAAACGU